UUAUAAAAAAAAAAAAACACUUCCUCUUUCAUAAUUCUGUGUUUUUUCUCUCUCAGAAAAUCGCAAAUUUCUUCUCAAUUUCUCUCCCUUUUGUCCCCGAAACCUCCGUAAACCUUCUCAGCAAUACAUGAUCUUCAUUUCAAUUCUAGUUUCGAGUUUUGAUUAUCUAAUUUUAACCCAGUUUUUAUUGACUCACUGAGUUGGAAUAGAAAUAAUGCUCGAGGCUAUGGAGAGUUCAGUCAAUGGAGGAUUCUCGCAUUUACAGAGCUGUGGAGACAGCAGCGAGGAGGAACUCUCUGUGUUGCCUCGUCAUACUAAGGUGGUGGUGACCGGAAAUAACAGGACUAAGUCGGUGCUUGUGGGUCUUCAGGGAGUAGUCAAGAAGGCUGUUGGUCUUGGCGGUUGGCAUUGGCUGGUUCUUACAAAUGGCAUUGAAGUAAAACUACAGAGGAAUGCCCUCAGUGUGAUUGAGGCUCCCACUGGCAAUGAAGGUGAUGAUGACUUGGAAUUUGAUAACCUGCACUGGAAUGUAUCUGAUAUGGCAUCCGAUGAUACCCAAAAGUCUCAUAGAUCAAGACAUAGGACUCAUAAAUCAACAGGAUCAUCUCACAAGAUUAUGAGCAGGUCUCUCUCUUGUGAUUCUCAGUCUAAGAGCUCUGUUUCUACGCCUCAUGGGGCUGCUGCCGCCGCGAAGGUUGACCUCAGCAAAUUGGAAAUGGCUGCCUUGUGGAGAUACUGGAGGCACUUCAAUCUUGUGGAUGCUAUCCCCAACCCAUCUAAAGAGCAGCUUGUAGAUGUUGUUCAGAGGCAUUUUAUGUCCCAGCAAAUGGAUGAGUUGCAGGUGAUUGUGGGAUUUGUUCAGGCAGCAAAGAGACUGAAGACAGUCUGCAAGUGAGAUGUUCUCUCAAUCUCAAAAGCUAACAGGACAGUCUGUAACAUAUGCACGGCUUGUUUAUCAUUAUCCUUGAUGUUAGUGGCUAGUAUUUACUUUGUCCCCAGCUAUAGAGCUUUUUUUUUUUGUGGGUCUUUUUGUAGUGUAGCUAUGUAGAUAUUUUGUAAACUGGACCUCCCAAGCUUGGUUUAAUGUAUUGCUGACAUUGGGGAAGUGGGGCUUCAGAAACUGUAUAUAUUCUUGGAAGAUCUAUUUAAUCCAAGUAUCAAAAAGGGGCCUGGCCCUGCCCUGCCCGGCCCGGCCCAGUGCAGCCCAAUCAGUGAUUAUCAAA